GUCAUACCACCGUAUCGCAGACCGCUGGGCAUCCGUCCACGGCUACAACCUACGGCAUGAAAACGACCACAAGCAGCCAAGGAACUUCAGUCUCAACCACAACGCCUGCAGAAUCUACAUUGGCAGAACAAAGUAGCACCACGCAGAGAACCACCUUCCGUACAGUGCCAGCAACCACUGAGCUAAGCACUGCUACAUCGACUCUUGAUGAGACCACAGUGGCUACUACGACUGCAGAGCAGACAAGCACAAUCGGAUUGUCUUCCGCCGCGUCUUCCACAGAAACAACAGAGCAGAGUACUUUGACCUCAACCUUGGCAGAGACCACAACAACGGAGAGGACUAGUACGUUUGAAUCGUCUGUAGCCACGUCUACAACACCCAGUGCUACAACCACAAUCCUUGGCACGUCGGAAGGUCAUACCACCGUAUCGCAGACCACUGGGCAUCCGUCCACGGCUACAACCUACGGCAUGAAAACGACCACAAGCAGCCAAGGAACUUCAGUCUCAACCACAACGCCUGCAGAAUCUACAUCGGCAGAACAAAGUAGCACCACGCAGAGAACCACCUUCCGUACAGUGCCAGCAACCACUGAGCUAAGCACUGCUACAUCGACUCUUGAUGAGACCACAGUGGCUACUACGACUGCAGAGCAGACAAGCACAAUCGGAUUGUCUUCCGCCGCGUCUUCCACAGAACGGUCAUACCACCGUAUCGCAGACCACUGGGCAUCCGUCCACGGCUACAACCUACGGCAUGAAAACGACCACAAGCAGCCAAGCAACUUCAGUCUCAACCACAACGCCUGCAGAAUCUACAUCGGCAGAACAAAGUAG